AUGCAGAGAAGACUAUUUUCCACCACCGCCCGUUCGCUCUCUCAUAUUGGAUCUUCACCUGUUUUCAUAACUCCUGAGGUGAAGCUCAGUUCCACUCCAAUGUUGGUUCCAACGGUGAUCCCAAAGGGUGCUCAAAGGAUUGUUUUGAACUCCUUGCUUUCAAUUUCUGGACCACGUGGCGAGAUUAACAUGAAGAUUCCUGAAUUUUUGUCUGUGAACAGCUCAAAUCCAACUUCCCUGAAGAUUGAGGUGAAGGAUUCCAAAAAUAAAAUUCAGAAAUCCCUGUGGGGAACCUAUCGUUCUCUUAUAAACAAUGCGGUCAUUGGUGUCACAGACGGACACUCUUCGACUUUGAGAUUCAAAGGUACCGGUUAUAGGGUCAUGAUUGAGAAAAAUGAAAAAACCGGAAAGGAGUGGGUCAAAAUGAAGGUUGGUAGAUGUAACAUGGAAGGUUUAGAGAUCCCAGACGAGAUCACAUGUGAGACUCCAUCUCAAACGUUGUUAGUUUUGAAAGGUCCAGAUAAACAAAAACUAAACUUGUUUGCUGGCAGGUUGAGAAACAUGAGACCACCUGAACCAUACAAGGGUAAGGGUAUCUACUUCAAUGACGAAACAAUAAAGUUGAAGGCAAAGAAGGUCAAAUGA